CACCGUCUGAUCAUCGUUCGUCGUCUUCCGUGGCAGUGGUAUAAGAGUGUAAUUUCUUUACUUCAGGUCUUUUUACUCUUUAUCGCAAUUCUUGUCUGAUCGCUGUGGGCAAGAAUCGAAUCGAAUCUGUUCUAAGUCCAGCCAUGUCGCUCUACCAGCAGAGCUACUACUCCCAGCCUGCCUAUCCUACUACUGCCUUCUCUCCCCCAAUUCUUGGGUACGGUGGGCCAGCUUAUCCGUAUCCUUCACCGUUUCCUCCAGCACCAGUCCACCACGCCGAUCCAGUGUCUUUCCGCAAGGAAUUCACAAGUCGUCUCGCUGAACUCUCGGUCAAUUCUCGUCCUAUCAUUCAAGGCCUUUCUAUACUCGCACACGAGUACACACGCUUUGCAGAUAUUGUUGCUCAAUGUCUCGAGAACCACAUUCGAAGGGUGCCUCCAUGGAUGAAACUUCCGGCAUUUUAUCUGCUCGACAUGAUCUCAAAGAAUAUUUAUGAUCCCUAUGCUCGCCACUUCGCUUCCUUCGUUGUCCCGCUGUUUCUAGAGACUUAUGCUGAAGUCGAUCCGCCAACUCGUAGCAAGAUGGAAGAAUUAGUUCUUACCUGGCGCACCGGAUCACCCUCCGGCAAAGAAUUGUUUGGCGUAUCUUCUCAAGUCUCAAUAGAGCGCGGAAUAUGGGGUGAUGGAGCAACAAGUAGCAGCUCUACGAGUUUCCGUAGUCCGACGCAGAUAACGAAGUCCCAAGUCUUGAGUGAACUGGAAUUUAUCCUUGGUCAGAAGGAGCGCGCGCGGCAAGCAAAUCCCUACGAUGGGAUCAAUCAACAGCAUAUAGCUGUUCUUCAACAACUUCGGAAGCUUGUUGAAACCGGUGUCUCUCAGCAAGAGCUACAACAAAUUCUUGGUCAACUGCGAGUCCUCAGCCAGAACACAAGUCCUCCCCCUCCCCCUCCAGUUGCCCAGUGGCCAGUUCAAACCGGCUUCUCUGGUCCCAGUCAGCCGUACCCUCAGUCGACGGCACCACAAGCACCUGCUUUUCCGCCCUUAGAUGCCGUUGCAGAGUCUAAGCCUCCUGUUCUGUCCGUACCGUCGAUAUCGACGCCUGUAGCCAAUACGAACGUAGCUCCUGCAAACUAUGCCGACCUUCUAUCUUCUUUACUCAAAGCUGGUGUUGUUUCCAACGCAGGUACGCCAGUUGGUGCUGGUGCAACAACGAAAGAAGAUAAGGGAGAACCCGAUAAUGUUCAGCGUCAAACAGAGCGCUUGUAUCGGGAAUCAGUUCUUGCGUAUGACGUUCAAUUAACGACGAACGGGAUAACCAAAAUGCAUUCGCCGAUUCGUGAUCUCUUGUACUCGAAGUUGUCCUCACAGUGUAAACAAUGUGGAAUCCGCUUUUCUGAUACCCCUGCGGGUAAAGAAUCAAUGCAGGAGCAUCUUGAUAUGCAUUUCAGACAGAAUCGUAAAGCAAAUCAGAAUUUGGGCCGGGGUCACAGUCGAAGCUGGUUUGUUGCAGUGGAGGAUUGGAUACAUGAUACGACUGAUAUUAAGGGCAAAGGUCGGGAUGCAACUAGACGAUUAAACCCUACUGCUGCCGCUGCCGCUGAGAAAAUUCAACGGGAAGCUGAACUACGACAGCAGUUUGUUGUUGUACCUCCUGGAGAUGAGGCGAAAGUGAUUUCUUGUCCGAUCUGUAAGGAAACAUUGAAAUCAGAAUUUUUGGAGGACGAUGAGGAGUGGGUGUGGAAGAACGCCAUGAUGAAGGAUGGCAGAGUGUAUCAUGCUACCUGCCGUGCAGAAACGUUGUCCUCAAACAGUCUUGCAGCACGGUUACGCACUGAGUUAGCGGUUCAGUUGCGCAGUCGAUCCGGGACUCCUGAAGCGCAAGCCCGGGCGCCGACGCCACCAUCAGCCGUUAAAUUGUCUCCAUCUUCUACUCCCGAGUCCAAACUCGCGGGUUCAAAACGUAAGGUCGACGAGACGCUGUCGACAGCAGGCAACAACGAGGCCGAGGGUUCUCCACCUGCGAAGAAGCCCGCCUUGACUGUUCCAACUGCGGCAUAAGCAUAAGCAUAAGUUUUCUCUUCUGGUAUAAUUUAGUGUGGACAUAAGCACACAUUUUAUACUAUUUCAUCCACGAGAACCCUCUGCAUUUUGUACACACUACAUGCAUUUUAGAUACACUGGCAAUACAUUAUUCUGAGCAUUUCAUCUCGUGUAUGUAGCGUGACCAAUGGAACGGAU